AUGGCCGAGGCCACGGCUAUUGCUUCGACCGGCAAAACCUCGGCCCUCCGGUCCUUGCCAGAAACUGGAGCACUCCACGACGAAGCCCAGGCGCCGGAACGCUCACAUCCAACCUCAAGCUGGUCAUCGAACCGUUGCCAAUCGAAAUCCCAAAUCUCCCCUCCACCGUCUACGACGUCGCCAAAGAUGGCCUCCAAGGCAAUUGCGAAGGCUGCGGCAGGCGGCCUCGUGGAGAUCUCCCAGAAGCACACCCUCCAGUCCACAGGCAUCUGGGAGCGCAUCCGCCGCACCCUCGCCAUCGACCCCAACCGCUCCUCCGGCGUGCCCUUGAACCCGACCUUCCGCAACCCGACACCGGGCGCCAACGACCCCCUCGCCUACGAUGACCCCGUAACCGUCCCCGCGGGUGACAUCGCCGACAACCCGUACUGGAAGCGCGACGCCCGCCGCAACUACCCAGCCAUCAGCGUCGUCAACCAGGCCGACGUCGUCGGCCUCCUAGCCGUCGGCUCCGCCGCGAAUCCGCGCGUCGAGCUCAUUGGCGAGGCGGGCGAGAAGCAGCUCGUCGCGGCCCGGGAGGAGGCCGCCGCCACGGGCAUUGCCCCCUACCUCGAGAAGAACGCCGCCAAGGCCGUCGAGGCGAGCAAGGAGGCGCUCUUCACCAACGGCUUGCCGCCGACGCCUAGCGGUGAGAACCUGAAGAGCGGCAAGUGGGAUGUGCACAAGUACAAGGUCAACGAGGACCAGUCCUACGGCGAAGGCUACCCUUGCCGGACUUUUGCGUGA